AUGGACAAGGUCCUCGUUUCGGGGUUGAAGGAUCUGCGGAUUCGGAUGACCACAUACAUCAAGGAACACGUCGCACGAAAACGGUCAGGCCAUGUCGGAGUUGCUGCCGAUGCCUGUGACGACGACGCCGCGGAGGCCCCUUCGGCAUUCCAAGCAGUCGGUGUCGCCGACACCAGCGGAGAGGCCGGAGACGGCGUCGACAAGGCAGAUGAGAAGGCAGAAAGGUCUGAGGAGGAGGUGGUGGAGGAGGAGGAGGAGGAGGAGGAGGAGGAGGAGGAGGAGGAGGAGGAGGAGGAGGAGGAGGAGGAUGAGGAGGAGGAGGAGGACAAGGCGGCGGCGGCGGCGGAGGCCGUGGAGCAGGGUUUCGGGUCGGUGGAGCAGGUGGCGGAGGGGGAGAAGCAGCAAGAGGGGGAGGAGGAGGUAGAGUUCCCCUGGGUCGAAUUCGAGAUGGAGGAUGUUGAGGGAGCGGCGGCGGUGGCCGUGGAGGGAGCGGCGGCGGCCGUGGAGGGAACGGGUGGGAUGUCGGCGGAUGUUGUGUACGUACGAGGGGAGGGUGCCGAUGUGGAGAAUGUCGGCGUGGAGGAGGCGCACGUGGUCGGCAAUGUGGUUGGCGACGCGAAGGAGGAGGAUAACGCCACGACCCCGACGCCGACGGGCGUGGAGACCACCACAGGGAACGCAGGGGUGGAACGCCGGGGUGGAGUGGUAGAGGCAGGCCGUCAACCGGGUUCCUCAGCAGCUGGUCGGCAGGCAACUCCGGCCGUCGUCGCGCAGCUGCGACAGGAGAACAGGUGGCUGAGGGCUGAAAAUGCUCGUCUCGAGACGGCGCUCGGAGUGGAGAGGGGUCGGGUGGACAGUUAUGCGAUGGGGAUUGGCCGCCUCGUGGACAAGCUCAGGUCGUUGGCCGACCAGGUCGCCGCCUCCGACCAGGACGCGUCGAGUCGGCUGAUGGACGCGUCCUUGACCAUGGCGACGACCGUGACGGAGAACAUCACCGCCAACAUGGGUGAAGCAUGGGAUGCGAUGAAGGCGUACGCCGAGAGGGCGGAGUGCUGGUUGGACGAUCUAGAGAAUCCGGAGGGGUUUAUGGCGGUGCAACGUGCGAACGCGGUCGUCGCCAUGGGCAACCACGUGGACGAAGCAAGGAAGGGAUUGGAGGAAUACAUAUCGAAGCACCAAGUCGCCGCGCAGACCAACAUCGCCGCCGCGGUAACUCAACGCGUCGCCGUCCCGCCGCCCACGCCGCCCGCCCCACCGCCAGCCUUCCCGGACGAGCUCAUGAAGUCUUUCAAGGCGGACGUGUUGAAGGCGGUGACUGAGGCCACCCAGCAGUCGUUUGUUGCGUCCGGGUUAAACCUCAUGACCCAGGUGAUCGGCCAUCUGGCGCCUGGUCGGCAUGGGUCGUCGCCGUCGGCCAAUGAGGCCGACAAAAAGGGUGCGAAAAGGGCGGGCGGCGGAGAUGAUGCGUUGAGCUCGAAGCGGAGCAAGGGAGCCGAUGGGAGCCGCGGCGUCGGCCAGGUGGGUCCAGGCGGCUCGCGGAGCAAGGGAGCCGACGGGAGCGGAGGUACGAGCGUGGUCGACCAGCUCAAGAAGAACGGGGCCAAGGUGAUAAGGACGCACAGCAAGGGCGAUGGAAUCAGGAGUGCGGAGGGGGGCCCUGCCGACCAGGUUGCCGCUCAAGAGGCUGGACCAACAGCCCCGCCAUUGGUCGCCGAGAAGCCGGCCAGUCUAGCGACCGCACCAACGGCGAUAGAUGGCGGCGCCAAAACCGUCAAGGGACCGUCCGGCGGAGUGGCGGGGACCACGUCGAUCCCCCGCAACCCCCCUGCGGCUAGCAGCGCGCCGAUCUCCCCGUCAGCCGCCAACAACGAUGGGCCGUCCCUUGCGGCUUCUCCAGCACCAGCAGGCACGUGUGGCGCCAAGGUUGACGCGGUGGAUGUUGCGGCUAACCGCGCUGGUCUCGGAGCCAAAGACGACCACUGCUGCGGUCGGCGCGAGAAAGUCGAAACGGAAGGGGACGGUCGACGCAGGGAAAGCGAGGCCGAGCUCGAAGAAGAAAACACGGGCGACGUUGGCGAUGGUGAAGUCGGUGGAGAAAGGAUAGGGGAUGGCGACGGCGAUGGUGAAGGAGAAGGCGGCGGAGAAAGGGAAGGAGAAGGAGAAGGAGAUGGAGGAGAAGAAGGAGAAGGAGGAGGAGAAGGAGAAGGAGGAGAAGGAGGAGGAGGAGAAGGAGAAGGAGGAGGAGGAGGAGGAGGAGGAGGAGGAGGAGGAGGAGGAGGAGGAGGAGGAGGAGGAGGAGGAGGAGGAGGAGGAGGAGGAGGAGGAGGAGGAGAAGGAGAAGGUGGAGGAGGCGGAGGUGGAGGAGGAGAAGGCGGCGACAGAGGAGGAGAAGGUGAAGGUGAAAGAACGGAAGGGUCAUGGCAUCCGCCACGACACCACGGGCGACAAGCAAGGCAAGAUCCUCAUGGCCGAGCUCACCGGCUUGGAGGAAACAGUGAUGAAGCAGUGGAGGGCGGUGUGGAAAGAAGUCCGGUUCUUGCCGACUGGGAUGUGGACGGUGAUAUGGGCACGGGGCGCGUUCCUCCCAAAGACACGACAUCAGGCGAUGCGCACCACGACGCGCUUUUGCCCGCAAUCUGGUUCCCCGUCGAUGCCGACACGAAGGAAGGGAAGCAGAAAUUGGAUGCAAUGAUGUCGGCCAUGAUUGAUCGCGUGUCCUUAUGCGCGGCGUAUGGGAAGGUCGCUGCAUCCGCGGCGAGAAAGGAGGGCGACACGGAUGAGACGACGGCGAAGGUCGCACAGGCGCUAUCGGCCUCCGCUUGCGCCCUGUGGUGCUUAGUCGAGGGCGACGGCGCCCAGGUGGCUGAUGCCGUGCGCGAAGGGAAGGCGGCGGCGAUGUUGGUCGGCGCGAGCGAGAGUACCGCCGCCGAGUUCAAGAAGGUCAUGACGGCGGUGUUGGAGGCCGCGAUGAGCAGGCAGCAACCCCUCGGGGAGGUUGCGCACGUCGCACCUGCGCUGGAGUCCACCGCUCUGGCCAAAGCCUAUCCGGGGUUGGAUGUUGAUGCCGAGGCCAAAUUGAUCGCACGAGCGACGGUGGAAACCCUCGCGUUCUGGGGAAUGUGCCCCGUGGAUGGGCCGAAACUCAGGAAGAUCGGCAUCGCGGUGCCGCUUGACGCGCAGAUGGAGUACGAUAUCGAACACAGGGGGAGGAAGAGGCAGAGGGGCAAGCAGGGGAAGGAUAGCUCGGGGAAGAAGGGCAGAGCGGGCAAGGACAGCACGGCGGCGUAG